AGGACGCUACAGCACAGCUCCCUCCCCAGGACUUGAGUCUGCCUUCUCACCAUGAGGCUUCUAGUUCUUUCCAGCCUGCUCUGCUUUCUGCUUCUCUGCUUCACCGUCUUCUCCACGGAAGGGAGGAGGCAUCCUAACAAGGUCUGGCCAGGCACAAAAGCCAGGCUCUGCUGCCACCGAGUCCUUAGACCCAACCCGACAAACCUGAAAAGACAACAUGUGAGGCUCUGCAAACCAUGCAAGAUUGAGGCAGAGGUCCGCCCUUGGGUGGUGCCUGGGGCACUUCCACAAGUGUAGCACUCCCAAAGCAAGACUCCAGACAGCCGAGACCUUCAUGCCUGGCACCUGAGAUGCCCAGCAGCCUCCUGUCUCCCCUUUCAGACGUCACAGCAGCGAGCUGCAAUGCUGGAGGGUUUCAUCUCAGGCAGCAAAGAUGCUGGGCAAGUUCUGGAACUUCACAUCCUUGUCUCAAUUGUGCCAUCAACUUUUAGAGCUAUGAUGGUCCAACCUCAGCCCACACAGCCUCAGUCCACUAUGUGAGCCUCUCCAAGGCAGUCAAUUGUUCCACCGUGACUGGUCACAGCCACAAAUCCAGAGACCAUCAAUCCUGCUCGGGUGCAGGGUGACAAGCCUCCAAGGGUGGCUGACCAAGACUGCAGAGUCAGCUCCAUGUUCAGGUUCAUUCAAACCCCUGGCAUUUAACCACCAGCGUCCAGUGGUCCCCGAGGAAUCCCUUCCUAGCCUCCUGACAUGAGUCUGCUGGAAAGAACAUCCAGACAAACAAGUCAUCAAUAAAAUAAAUCAACUCAAUGCAGA